AUGCAAGCAUCGGCUUCUACAUCGAAUCUCAUUGCUCUUGCUCCGCCGCAAUUCCCAGUCUUUGAAAGAGCAGCUGGAGUUUGCCGCCAGUGCAGAUUAUCCAAGACCCGCUGCGACAAAGCCCUGCCCAGCUGUAACCGAUGUCUGUCGAGAAAGGCUCAUUGUGUUUAUGGCCGUCAGAUAUCCACCAACAAUCCCGCCGGCGGAGUUGCCCCUGAAGACAAAGAAGAGGCCCUGAUACAGCCCCAGGGUGACAGAGCGUCUUGUAUUCCUGGGGUACCUCUCGACACUUGCUACCAAUUAGUCGGGACCAUCUCCGUUGCGCUGCUCAGCGGCGUGGAUGAUGCCGAGCAAGACGCUUCUCUUCUCCGUAAGCUAAUCAGAUCGGCCGGACUGACUACCGCUUCCAUCGUUCAGACAUACACUAGGACUGUCCAUGGUUGGUUCCCGGUUGUUUCCGAUAGUCAACUGUCACAUUUUCUUGAUUCUCUGUACCUUGUUCACUGUCCCAGUCUUGAUGGAGUGCUGCUUCUGGCCAUGGCCCUCGUAUGUCAACCGCCAUGCCGACACCACGAUCAUGACAUGCGCAGCGGUCUAUACAAAGCUGUCAAGCAGUCUUUCAUGCUCCUGCAGACAAGUGCGAAGCCUUUGAUACAAGUGUUGCAGGCUGGGCUUUUGCUUUCACUGUUUGAGUAUGGUCAUGGCCUUGGUCACGAAUCUGAGUUGACUGUAACUGCUUGUAGAGCGUUCUGUAACUCACACAACAAGCUUUGCGUUGCAGGGGACGAUGGUGGCAGCGAGGCUGACAUGGCGAUUACUUGUCGGAAAGCAGUGGUCAUCAUGGCUUGCCUACUAGACUUACCAACCCUGUCGACAGUUGAGCGAGCACCAAAAAGACAAAAUCUAAAUCCACCAAGGCCACAAGUUCAUACGGAUAUUGAUGACUUCGAAAAGAUUUGUGGCUCAUCAUCCAACUUUGACGUGCUGUUCUAUGUUACAGGAGUCGUCAGAGAGGCGAGCCAGUACAUCAUAGACGAGAAGGCGGCAAACUCUCAUCCAGAGCGGUAUUCAGUGAUUGAAGCGCGUCUUCGAAAUGUCUGUUACACUCUUAUACGAGCCGCGGGACCCAAUUCUCUCGCGUUUUGCGACAGCAUUGCACUCGCGCUCGGGUACGUUAUGACUGCUUCAAGCCUGCUAUUUGCGUAA